AUAAAAAAUAAAAAAACAUUUUGAACUUAAUCGGUAAGUACUCGUGGUAGCGGUCAUAUUUACACGUGUUGCAAGACUUGCGGUAUUAUUUGUUAAUUCGAUACUUUGUCGGCGCUUUGUGAAAUACAAGUGGUAAUAUACUUUGAAUAUAAAUUAUGUGCUUCAAUUUAUAAAAACGAUAAUAUUUAUUUAAAUUUAUAAUAUUUAGAUCUAAAGUUGAAUGUCAGAACUUGGUUCUUUAGUCAUAUAUUUAUGUUUCGAUUUAAUAUCAACUCAUCAAAUAUUUCACUAUAAAAUAAUGCGUUUUUAUGCAACAAUUUCUUUACUAUUCUGUAUUGCGACGUGAAGCUGCUCGUUAUUUUUGUUAAGUGAGGAAUCUGCAACUUUCAACUUCAUUUAAAAUGUCUGACUCCGAAUGUUCAGUAUACACGCGCACGCCCUCACCUGAACCGAAGAAGAUUGCUACAAAGAAUAUCAAGAAAAGGAAAUCAUCCUCAGCCGCAAGGUCCGAAGUUGAAACAGAAAAUCGACGGGUACUACAUUCAUCCUCACCAACACCUUGCGCGCAAAAGAAAAAAACAACCAAAAAAGCACGAACGUCAACCAGUGAAAAUAAGAAUGUUGGCUCUAGUUCUUCCAAAAAAUCGCCUGAAACCGAUAUCUUCAAAAUCAUAAGAGAAGAAGAGAAGAUCACCAGCGAGGGCAGUUCGAAAACCGUCAAGACAACAUCAUCGUUUACCAGCCGCGUAUCGACAGGUUCUAGUCGACGCACUACGAUAACAGACGGUUUUCAAAAAAUGGCAGACAGCGAAGACAUCCCAAUUCCAUUUUCGCAAUAUGCACAAGAGUUUGAGCUACCACAAGAAUUUGACGAUAGCGACUUAUAUAAAAAAAUUAAAAAGAACAUCGAAAACCCUAAAGCCAAGAAACGUAAUAAAGUUAACAUUCAUAAUAAAGUAGUGAAAAGGACUCAAGGACACCCACCAUCUUUUGUGAUAAAUAAUCAUGAGAUCAAAGGCAAUAAACUGAUCAAAAUUCAAAUAAUCAACAUAACAGAGGAUGUAAGGGAUCAAAACGAUGAACAGAACGAAAAUGUAUUACUGAGCGCGCAGUAUGUUGCAGGCGAUAAUUUUGAUGAAAUUAUUGACAGCACAGAGGCUUUAAUAAAUAAAAUUUCAAAAAAAAUUUGUGGAUACAGUACUAGUUAUUAAAGUUGUAUUUUAAAUAUUAUAUAAGUAAUAAAUAUUAUAU